CCCUAGACUACAGACAGAUCCCGACCCAGAGGAGUUGCCGGACCCGAUGGAGGUUCCAUUCCCCAACAACCCAGAUGGCCUGCUACUGAGCGAGAUUCUAAAAGGCCUGUCUUUAUUGAGUUCUCCAGGACACAAUCAACCACUGUGGAGAUACAUUAGGAGUCUGGAGAUGGUGCCAAACGAAAUUGAUGUUUCUAUGACUUGUUUAGUAACCUGACUCAGUGAUACUUUUGGAUAUAUAUUUCUACUGUAAGGGAAGAGUACAUAUUCCCAAUUCUGCCAGUUUACUGGCAGAGAUUUUAUAUUCUAAGAUCAUGGACCACUCAAACAGGGAGAAGGAUGAAAGACAGCGGACAACAAAAGGAAUGCCUGGAAGGAGUGGACAUGGUUCUCGACCGAGUUCCGCUACAUCUUCUGGUGUUCUUAUGGUGGGACCCAACUUCAGAGUGGGCAAGAAGAUAGGGUGUGGGAACUUCGGAGAGCUCAGACUAGGGAAAAAUCUCUAUACCAAUGAAUAUGUAGCAAUCAAACUGGAACCAAUAAAAUCCCGUGCCCCACAACUUCAUUUAGAGUACAGGUUUUAUAAACAGCUUGGCAGUGCAGCUGAAGGCCUCCCCCAGGUGUAUUACUUUGGUCCGUGUGGAAAGUACAAUGCCAUGGUACUAGAACUCCUUGGUCCUAGCUUGGAAGAUUUGUUUGACCUUUGUGAUAGAACUUUCACUUUGAAGACGGUAUUAAUGAUAGCCAUCCAGCUGAUAACGCGAAUGGAAUAUGUGCAUUCCAAAAACCUCAUUUAUCGAGAUGUCAAGCCAGAAAAUUUCCUUAUUGGCCGGCAAGGCAACAAAAAAGAACACGUAAUUCACAUCAUUGACUUUGGAUUGGCCAAGGAGUACAUUGAUCCUGAAACCAAAAAACACAUACCGUACAGGGAACACAAGAGCCUAACUGGAACAGCAAGAUACAUGUCCAUAAAUACACAUCUUGGCAAAGAGCAAAGUCGGCGAGAUGACUUGGAAGCCCUUGGUCAUAUGUUCAUGUAUUUCCUUCGAGGCAGUCUGCCCUGGCAAGGGCUCAAGGCUGACACCUUAAAAGAGAGAUACCAGAAGAUUGGGGACACGAAGAGAAAUACUCCAGUUGAAGUUCUCUGUGAGAACUUCCCAGAGAUGGCCACGUACCUUCGUUAUGUCCGGCGAUUAGACUUCUUUGAGAGACCAGACUACGAUUACCUACGAACCAUCUUCACAGAACUCUUUGAAAAAAAAGGUUAUACCUUUGAUUAUGCCUACGACUGGGUUGGCAGGCCACUGCCUACUCCAGUGGGGUCCAUUCAUGUAGAUUCUGGGGCAUCUGCAAUAACAAGAGACAGCCAUGCACAUAGGGAUCGACCGUCACAGCAACAUGCUCUUCGAAAUCCGACGGCGUCAUCAGACCGCCGAGGAGAGUGGGAGAUCCAGCCAAGCCGGCAGACAAAUACCUCGUACCUGACAUCUCACUUGGCUGCAGACCGGCAUGGGGGAUCAGUCCAGGUGGUCAGCUCGACAAAUGGUGAACUGAAUGUUGAUGACCCAACAGGGGUACACUCCAAUGCACCAAUCACAGCCCCGGCCGAGGUGGAAGUGGUGGAAGAAGCGAAGUGCUGCUGUUUCUUUAAGAGGAAAAGGAAGAAGACUGCCCAGCGUCACAAGUGACCGGUGCCUCCUGGGGUCUUGUGGGAACUCCACCUGCAGCUCCUGCCCUGUCUCACUGAAAGGGGCUUCUCUCUAGGAGGGAGGCGGCGGCGUAGGAAGAAGAGAAAAGUGACACUUUAAACCAAAAAGAGAGAAGAAAAUUGUUCCAAAACAAACUGCUCUAGGGUGGAUCUGCUCAACGGGCUCCUCGUUCGCUCCGAGCCUGACGCUCCUUUUGGGAUCAGGACUGCAGCUGGCUCAGGCCUUGGCUGCCCAGAGGGCAGGCAGACUGGCUGGCUGACCCUCCUUCCCGUUGUUUACGGCAGAAGGCAUCAUUCACAAACCUGAGAACUAUGCUUUGUUUCCUGCUCACUUCCCCUCCUCCCCCUCGCACUCUCUGCCCUCCGUCGUCCUCCUUCCCCAAUGGAAAUACCCAUUGACGGCUAAGGGCAGGAUGACCCGUGGUUGGGCAGGAAAGACACGUGGGAGAAGGGCCUGGCUGGUAUGGGGCAGUUUCUCCCCAAAACCCUUUUCGGCAUCAGCCUGUUUCGCCAGCCUGGCCAGGUACAGCAGUGGGAGACAGGCUCCCUCCUAGGCUCCUUGGGAACAGUUAUUCUGCAGUCAGACUUGCAAUCUACUGUUCCAGUCCCUUGGGCGCUCUGGCUUCCUUCACCACUCCCUUCUCCAGACAGUAACAGAGCAGUGCGGAUUGUUUUAAAGAAACUGACAUUGUUGCACUUUUUAUUAUUUUUAGCAUUACAGAUGCAUAUUGUGUCUGUAGAUUCUCACAGGGACAAGUGAUGCCGGCACAGACAUCAGCUGGGAAUGUGGGAGGGAGGGGCGUUACAAAGAAUGUCCUCAACGGGGGUUUGCUUGCAACAUCCACAAAACCCUAACACCAGCCUGGGCUUCCUACUGCCCCGUGUUGGUUGUGUGCUGAGAGAAACCUACUUGAAUUUUGAAUCCCUCUUUGUAGCUGCCAGUGAAUGGCCCUACCAUGGUUUCCUACCCGGUGCCUGACACAACCAGCCUGCAGUUGGAAGGCACUAGCUCUCUGUUGGAGCAGGGAGAGGCUUCAGUCUUGCUGAGCGAGAGGAGUUUCCUUGGGGUAGCGCAGCAGCUGUCGAUUACGUAACUGGGAAGCUGACCUUUCCCACUGGGCAGCUGGGUGGCCUCGUAAUCUCAGAUGGCGUCUGGGAGGUUGAUUGUGGAGUAAGCACCUUUCUUUCAAUGUACUGAAUACUCUACCGUGGUAAUGUUAGAGAAGCAAAGCUACCCCAGCAGGGAAUCGACACUUAACUGCCUUACAGUGACUGCAUCUGCAGGUGGCCCCAUAAGCUACUCAAAUCAGACCUUGUGUGGGCUUGAGACGUGCUCUGCAGGCUGUCCGGGCUCUGUGGGGCCUGGAGCACACAGCAUGAGGCUUUCCUGGAGGGGGAGCACGCCCGUUUUGAGCCAACCAUCACUUAGCAAUGGGCUUAGUCCCUGCGCUGGGAUAUGAGUUCACUUGCAAAGUGUGCUGAGGCAGCUGGGGGGGGG